UCUGUCGUUCGCAAUCUCGCACGCUCGGGCGUCGACGUUGGCCUCUAGGAAAGGGGCCAAGAAGAGGGGAAGAAACAAGCAAUGGCGCCGCCGGCGAGGUGGUUCCGGCGGGAGGUGCUAGUGUGGCUCGCGCUGGGCCAGUUCGUCUCGCUGCUCAUCACCUCCACCAGCUUCUCCUCCUCCGAGCUCGCCCGCCGAGGUGUCAAUGCGCCGACAUCGCAGUCACUGCUGAAUUACAUCCUUCUUGCACUUGUUUAUGGGGGAACACUGAUAUACAAAAGGCGGCACCUGACGAUUAAUUGGUAUUACUACUUGAUUCUUGGCAUCGUUGAUGUCGAGGCCAACUACAUCGUUGUUAAGGCUUAUCAGUACACAUCCUUGACGAGUGUGAUGCUCCUGGAUUGCUGGUCGAUUCCAUGCGUCAUUGUCCUCACUUGGAUCUUCUUGAAGACAAAGUAUGGAUUGAGGAAGUUAAUUGGCGUUGGAGUUUGUGUGGCUGGCCUUGUAUUGGUAGUAUUUUCUGAUGUGCAUGCCUCGUAUCGAGCAAAAGGACCCAACCCCUUGAAAGGUGAUUUUCUUGUCAUUGGUGGCUCCACGCUUUAUGCCAUCAGUAAUGUUACCGAGGAGUAUUUUGUCAAGGAAAGCAACAGAGUUGAGGUGAUGGCAAUGCUAGGUGUUUUUGGAGCAAUUAUAAGUGGUAUACAAAUAAGCAUACUUGAGCGACAAGAGCUCAGAUCGACCCACUGGAAUGCUGGUGCGAUUCUUCCCUUUAUUGGAUUUGCGCUGGCAAUGUUCUUGUUCUACUCGACAGUACCCAUUAUACUCAAGAUAUGCGGCGCAACCAUGCUAAAUCUCUCACUCCUGACCUCAGACAUGUGGGCCGUUCUAAUCCGUAUCUUUGCUUACCAUGAAAAGGUCGAUUGGAUGUACUUCGUUGCUUUUGCCGCCACAGCAGUUGGACUCGUGAUAUACUCAUACAAGGGCUCCAAGGAGACUGCCGAAGAGACGGCGCAAGUUACAGGGGCCAUCGAUGAGGAGGCUGCAACGGUGAACCGCACAGCACAAGUUCCCAGUGUCGGAGAUGAUGGGCCGGUCUCCAACAGGGAGUUUUCAUCAGCUGCUACUGCCUCAAGGUAGUAGGCAACGGUCAGCUGCAAACUAGCCCAGUAACAGAACAUUUGUACUGCGGUUGACGGCUGCUCAAGCCUAUAGUGUGAAGUGUGAUAAAUUCUUUAAUGUCAGAUGUGAAAGAGGGUUAUAGCUUGCACAAGUGCAUUGCAUAACACCAAGUAUUCACGUUUUAUGGCCCAUUCUAUUAUUUUUUUUCCCCAGGUAAAUGUAUUGGUUAGGGUUGAAGGAAGCUGUGCAUGCCGUUGUUCUUCGUGUCUGAAUGAUUAAGGAGUGGAAAUUUUCAGUCUUCAUAAAUCA